AUGGACAAUUGCACUGCACAUACAGAUUUACCAACUCUCGCAAAUGUGAAUGUUAUUUUUUUACCUGCCAAUACUACCAGCCACUUGCAACCAUUAGAUCAAGGAGUAAUUCAUGCUUUUAAGAGACAUUAUCGCAAAGAAGUGGUGAAGCAUGUUUUGACAUGUUUAGAAAAAAAUAUGAAGCCUGAAAUAAACGUACUUCUGGCUAUAAAGUUCGCUAGCAAAGCAUGGUACUCAAUAAGCGACGUCACCAUCAAGAAUUGCUUUAAAAAAGCUGGAUUUUGCACUGACGUGGGAAACCAGACAGAAGAAGAUGAUGUUGAAGUCCCUAGUAUCGAGGAUUGGAAUACACUCUUGCCUUGUGAACAUAACAUUGAAAAUCCAACUUUCGAAGAUUUUGUUAGAGUAGAUGACAAUGUGACAGUUACAGGAGAACUCACGGAUAACGACAUAAUAGCCAAUUUAACCACGGCCAAAAAUGAUGAUGAUGACGAUGAUGAUGAUGAUGAUAAUGAAGAUGAUAAUGAAGAAAACAAAAAUUUGACUAAAAGAGAAGAACUUUUUCCAAAUAAACAAGAAACUUUAAAAGCUUUAGAGACUACCUCUGUAAGUGAAAACUGGGAUUACGUUGCAGAAAUGGCAUCAAAAAAGUAUUACGUAGUAACUGGAUCAUAA